AUGUCUGUAUAUCGCUCCUCGACCGGCAACUUGGAUCGCUUUGAGGAGCCCCCUCGCGGUGGUGAGAGAUGGGACCGCGACAGAUUUGAGCGUAUGCGACGAGGCGGCGGCAGUGUUCGUGGUCGCCCUGAUGAUUACGAACACUACCGCUACCAAGAGCACGACCGUUACCCUGGAGGCCAUCGUGACGUCGACAUCCACGAAGAUCGCGCCCGCCGUGGCCCGGCCGUCAUAGAAAGAGAGCGCUUCCACGAAGACGAGCGCUACGACCGCCCUCCGCCGCGUCGUGCCCCGGCCGACUUGUUCCAUGAGCCCACGCCGUCCGAAAUCGCCAACCAGGCUCUUGCACCCUACCGCCGCAGGUCGGUCAUUGAUAGGGAUAUCGACAUUGAUAUUGAUAUCAACGAACGGCGCCAUGUUGCCCGCCCACCUAAGCCCUCCCGCCCACAGUAUAUCCGUCGUCAAUCGUCCUUGGACACUUUCGAUCGCCGACCCAUGCCUCGGUACGGCGAUGUCGAGAGGAUCGAGAGAUAUGAGACCCACGAAUACCGCCCACCAGCCAACGUUCCCAUUCCACUACCCAUCCGGGAGCGUCGCAGGUCACCUCCCCACCGCUUCCAUGAUGAGGACGAUUUUGAGGAAAUCAGAUACGACGACCGCAGCUCAAGGGGCCGGGAACGGGAGGAUUAUCGCGAAGUCGAGGUUCACCGCGAAAAGAGCAGAGUACGACGAAGCAAGAGCACUGCCGCAAGAUCAACACGUAGCUCUUCAAUUUCCAGCUUUGAAGAAAUCCAGCCUUCCCGGGCAACCUGGGGCAAGAAGGGCAAGACAAGACUCCCUAAGCGUCUGGUGAAGAAGCAAGCCGUUAUCGAUCUCGGGUAUCCAUACGAAGAAGAGGACGAUUUCAUUAUCGUCACCCGGGCACUCGAAAAGGAGCACAUUGACGAAAUCAUCAAGACCAGUGAAUCUUACAAAGAAGAAAAAAUCACCUAUGUCUACGAGGAGAACGUGGAAGAACCUCCACCACCACCGGCAUCUGUUGCGCCACCAGCAUCAGUCGCACCAUCAGUUGCACGGCCAGCAUCCGUUGCGCCGCCACCACCACCACCACCUGUGGUUGAAGUGCCUCCUCCACCACCAUCCGUACACGCACCGCCUCCACCUCCUCAGGUUGUGUAUGCCCAACCUCCUCCACAAGUCAUCUACGCCCAGCCGCCCCCAUCUCACCAUGCGCCAACCGUAUACGCACCAUCAGAACGUGCUCCAUCUCCAUCAAUCCAUGAGCACGAGCGUUACGUAGAGAUCGACCGCUCAGCUGCUAUCCACGGUCCAGCCACCGCCUUCCUCCCCGAAGGCCGCCAAAUCGUCCGCCGCGACGAUCGCCGAACAGAGCGCGAGAUUCGUGAAGAAAUCCGCUCGCUCGAGGAAGAACGCCGUAUGCUCAAGUAUGAGCGCGAAGGCGACCGCGAGUACGAAUUUGUUGAACGCGCUCCCAAGAGGGAAGUCAUGCGUGUCGACAGAGACCGAAAGGGUAGGUUAGCCCUUGUUCGCUCGGCCCAUUAA